UGCGGCUACCGAUUAACUCCCAUACCAAGUACAGCUGCCGUUUGCCGGACUCGUUAAGAUAAUUAACAACGUACCCUUGUGGAUGACCUAAUUAUGACCUGAGGAACUACUCGUAGAGCUAUUAAUACAAUUUUUGGAAUGAGUAUCUGCGCAUGCGUUUUUUACACGUAUAGUAAUGGCUGAUGUAAUUUGCGAUCAACCUGCCUGUCGAGAGGGUCAACAUUGUCCUAUCUUCUUGUCACACCAGUGAUGGCGUACAGCGCUGCGUCAGCAUUGACUCGUCGGUUUCCGAGGAUUGCUCGACAACUGAACUACCAGCGUGAAUUCCUGUCACCUACCUCUGUUCGUGUCAACAUUCCCGGGGGUCUGCCGUACGAGGCGUUUGAGGCAAGAGGAUCAAAAGUCAGCCCGUGGAACCUGUUUCAGCUGUUCGAGUCCGCACGCGUCUUCGCAUUCUGGCCCCUUCCAAACGCCGAGCGACCGAAUGAGUCAUUCGCCGACAUCUAUAAGAUAUUACAGGACAACCUAAUGUUCACGGCUACGACAAACCUUUCCAUUAAACGACCAUUAUACGACGACUUUACGCCGAAGUUUCCUUUGUCUGUCACCGUCAAACUUGACUACAUAGGACGCACAUCCAUCUUGACAACAAGUACGUUGGCGCAUACACAUUCGAAUCCCUACGCCGUGUGUAAGUUACAAUCUAUCUUGGUUGACCCCGCCACCAGAAAGCCUACGUCAUUUCCGGAUUGGUGGCGACAGAAAUAUGCAAACGACUCUGCAGUUGAUGGAAGUGCGUUGAUCAUGAAAGAUUUACCGGAUGUAGACGUCGACCAGUGUUAUCAACAUGACGUCAUUGUUAACCCACGUGACUGUGACGCAUAUUCACAUACAAACUGGGCAAAUUAUGUUCCAUACUGUUCGGACGCGUGCAGGUUUGGGUUGUUGCAAAAUAGAUAUAAAAAUAUCACGGAUAGUUCGCUUGAAAAUGGUGUGAAGGAACUUGAGAUGUCUUUCCGUAAGGAAUCGAGUGUCGGUGACACUCUAAAGAUAAUAUCUUGGGAAACUGGAGAUGGUCUUAACUUCCGAGUUUUGAAAAAUAAUGACACAUGCGUCCAGAUGACGAUGCAUUUUUUUGAAGAUAUCGCAGAGGAUAAGUAGCAUGUUUGCCUUCAUCUCAUGGGUAAACUAAUGUAUUGUUGCAUUACUUAAGAAAAAACUUAUGAAAAGCAAAUUCCUGAAAGUUCCAUUUUAAGCAAGUUGACAUCUCAAACAACUCUCAAUUAUUGACAAAUAUAAUCCGUUCACGGGAAAACAUUACUUUACAAGUACCAGAACUGUUCUGAUUCUGAUGCUUUUUCAUUGUCAGAUAUAUUGUUCUGACAAGUGAUGUGUGAAUCAAUUUGUAUUCAAAAUAAAGUUAUUGGAA